AUGCUUUCCACCGCUCCCGCCAUCGACGCUGCGAUCGCCAAAGCGACUUCGGACCCUUACCACAACCUCCCGCGAGCCGUCUUCCUCGCGGCGACUUCGAACGACGCCAGCCUGUACGAAGGCAAGGGUGGAUGGGCCCGUCUCCCAGCUGAGCCCGUCUCGAACGACGUGCUCGAGAAAGAGGGCGAACCUAUCACGGCAGACUCGAUCUUCGAGCUGUACUCGGCGACGAAGCUCGUCGCCGCCAUUGCGGUUCUCCAGCUGGUCGAGCAGGGCAAGAUGCGACUUGAGGACGACGCCAGCAAGUACGUGCCGGAGCUCAAAGACGCGAAGCUGUUCAAGGGCUUCGACGAGGACGACAACCUGAUCCUCGAGGACAACGCGACGCCCAUCACGAUCGAGAUGCUCCUCACGCACACGGCUGGCUUCCAGUACUUCAUGUUCAACCCGGAUGUUGUGAAGAUCGCGCAAAAACUGGGUGUUCACCCUCUGCCGAACGCUGAGGGAGCAGUUCGGGAGUGGGUCACAAAGAUGCCGCUGAUGUUCAAGCCCGGCGAGCACAUGGUCUACGGUCCGAACAUUGACUGGGUGACGUUGGCUGUCGAAGCCGUCAGCGGCAAGCCAUUGGAGCUGUACUUUAAGGAGCACAUCUUUGAACCCCUUGGCAUCCACGACAUGUCCUUCAUGCCCGACUCGUCGCAAAUCUUCAUGGCUUUCAUCGACGAGGAGGAUCCGUCCAAGCCGCUCGCUAUCCGCCCGAACACUCCGCUCUCGUCGACGCAGCACUUUGGCGGCGCCGGCCUCAAGGGCUCGCCACGCUCGUACCUCAAGAUCCUCCGCAUGCUCCUACGAGGCGGUGAGCUCGACGGCGUCCGCCUUCUCAAGAAGGAGACGGUCGACCUCAUGUUCGAGGAUCACCUCACAACGGACCAGCAGCGGCAGGAGCUUCGCGUCUUCGGCAAGGACCUUUUCGACCCUGCAACUCGGCGCGCGACUGAGCCUUCUCGCGACCUUACGUACGGCAUCGGCGGCGCGCUCACGGGCAAGGACCUUGCGACCGGGCGAGGUGCUGGCGCUUUGACUUGGAGUGGCAUGGCGAACACCUACUGGGUGGUCGACCGCGAAAAGGAUGUUGCGUUCGUCGUCUGGACCAACGUCAUCCCGUUUGCCUGCCAGCCCAUCCACGACCUCUGGUUCGACAUCGAGACCGAGCUAUACAAGGGUCUUGCGUAG